AUGUAAUGGAACUCGUUUUUAAUUAUAAUAUAGAAAUGUUCCUACGAUGGAACUAUUGAUGAUACAAAAUUUUAGGUCUUGAAAGCUGAUGAAUUGAGAUUAUUAACUAAAUCAAGCUUAACAAUUACCAAUUUAAUUAGUACUCUGAAUGAUAAAAUAAAGAGGGAAAUAUCUGAGAAAUCAGUUAUGAAUAUAGAGACGCCUGAAACAAUAAAGGUUUCAAAAACUAAUAGUUCUAAUUCCAAUCGUUUUUGUUUGAUUCCAGAGAAAAUUGAUUUUAACGAUCCAAAACCAUUAAUAAGAUUUAAGACUCUAUUGGCUCAUUAAAUCAUUUAAAAGUGA